CUCCAACCAACUUCCAAACCACAUACUGGCCAUGGACGCCAAGCUGAUGGUGGCCACAGACGGUGGCGAUGUCAACAUGUUGAAGGAUGGGUUGAACAAGGAGGAUGCCAUGUCGAUGGUUGAUGCGACGGCGACGAGUAAGAAGCCUUCCGAAGACAACCCAUCCCCAGCUGGUACCAUCAAUCCCUUGCUUCUGUUAUCGGCACGCGAGGGCUCCUCGAUGGCACUGAGUGUCCUUUUAGAGAGGGAAGAUGCAAAACGUCCACCACUGAUGAUUAUUUCUCAAGAAUUUCUCGAGUUGGUAGAAGGAGGCAGCAGCGCUGAAGGAAGAACUGCAGUAUCAAUUGUUGGUGAUGUAGAAGAGGGCGUCGACGACCAGCCUGCUGCUUCACUUGCAGAUGGAGCACUCCUCAAGGGCGUCACUCCUGAUGGUGAUACUGCACUACAUGUGGUCGCACAGAAUCAGGAGGAUGGCAAACAUUUCCUGGAGUAUGCCGGCAUCAUCUACGGAAGGGACAUGGGGCUCCUGUUUGCGAAGAAUCACAAGGGUGACACACCCUUGCAUUGUGCUGCCCGAGCUGGGAACUCCAAAAUGGUUUCUCAUCUCAUGGAUUUAGCUGCACGUGAGGGCGCUGACACGAAGCUCAGGCUCCUGAGAAUGGAAAAUAAGCGUCACGAGACGGCCCUGCAUGAGGCUGUCCGAUUUGAGGAUGGUCGAUUUCUGGGUCGGAAGGAGAGAAGAUCAUUGCUUGAUACUACUCACACCAUUGGAGAAGAAAAUAAUAAGGAAGCUCAAGCUGCUGCCGGCGCAUCGGAAGAAAAGAAUAUAGUCAAACUACUGAUGGGUGCUGAUCCAGAGUUAGCUAAUUAUCCUGCAGAUGGCGUUUCACCCUUGUAUCUAGCCAUCUUGCUAGGGAAGAGCACUAUUGCAUUGAUUCUAUACGAUAAGAGUGGUGGCAAUCUCUCCUAUUCCGGAGCUGAUGGACAAAAUGCCCUGCAUGUUGGUGUUCUUCCACACAGAGACUCAGGUACUCACUAA